CGUGACGUAUGUGUCACCGUUGACUGAGAAUCAGCUGAUCCUUCCAGUCUAUUUUCACGAUUCUGACACUGUCACGAUCGACCACUUUCAUGUCAUUUUGUGCGUUUUUAAAUCUUUAGGCUUUUUCAAAGAUAUUUUAACUUCUUCAUAAAUAUAAGACGUCUUUCCGUUGCCGCGACACGAGCCUUUUCUGUCGGUGGAGUUUAAAAUCCUCUUACAGCAGCAGCAGCAGCAGUCAUGGCGCUCAGCGAUGCCGACGUCCAGAAGCAGAUCAAGCACAUGAUGGCUUUCAUUGAGCAGGAGGCCAAUGAAAAAGCAGAGGAGAUUGAUGCAAAGGCAGAGGAGGAGUUCAACAUUGAGAAAGGUCGGUUGGUUCAGACCCAGCGUCUGAAGAUUAUGGAGUAUUACGAGAAGAAGGAGAAGCAGAUCGAACAGCAGAAGAAAAUUCAAAUGUCCAACCUAAUGAACCAGGCCAGACUGAAGGUCCUGAAGGCCCGUGAUGACAUGAUUUCGGAUUUGCUAAACGACGCUCGUCAGCGACUAGCGAAUAUAGCCAGAGAUCCAUCUAGAUACGCUGCUCUGAUGGACGGACUUAUCCUGCAGGGUUUUUACCAGCUCCUGGAACCCAAAGUGACUAUCCGUUGCCGCAAACAAGACGUGGGGAUAGUGCAGGCUGCUGUGCAGAAAAACAUCCCCAUCUACAAGGCAGCUGUGAAGGACAGUCUUGAAGUGCGCAUUGACCAGGACCACUUCCUCUCUCCAGAAAUCUCUGGUGGUAUUGAGCUGUAUAAUGCUGAUGGGAAGAUCAAAGUGUCCAACACUCUGGAGAGCAGGCUGGACCUCAUGGCACAACAGAUGAUGCCUGAAAUCCGAGUUGUGCUGUUUGGUGCAAACCAGAACCGCAAGUUCAUGGACUGAUUCUCACUCACAGAGGGAACCUUUUAGAACCACGGCAGAACGCCAUUGUUUGAUGUUGUAUUUUUAUUUUCAUUCUGAUGUUAAAGACUCCAUUCCUGUGUCUGUCUGUCUGUAUUUAAGAAAAUAUCAUGUGUAUGCGUGUGUUCUGUAUGUGGUGAUUCAUUAUUGCUGUAAAAAGGAUCAAAAUAGUGUUUUGAUUGGCUGCUGGAACUCUGGUCCUGAACAUCUCAUGUGUUUGAUUUCGAAUGCAGCUGGAAUAUAACAUGUUUAUGUUUACAGAAAUGUAAAAAUUUAAACUGAUGUAGAAAUUACAUAAAAUUCCAAAGCUCUUAUUAGUUUGUGAACUGACUCUAAUAAUCAUUUCGACAACAGCUACAUCUUGAACAUCCAACAAACUGGUGACACAGACUUGACUAUUACGAUGUGUUGAGUUGAAUGUUUAUUUGCUGUCCAUUCCUGUGGUGCAGAGCAUGACUUGUAUAUCAGAACCAAACGUGUCUGUUAACACUGCAAAGAUUAUAUUGAUGUGAAAAUGAUAAAAUAAAAAACAAUAUAGACCAGA